AUGGCUUUAGUAGAGAAUCAUAAGCCAAAUGAUAGUCUUCAAUCUGAUGAUGAUGAUGAUGAUGAAAAUAUAAUUUACGUCAUAGAUAUAAGUAAUGGUUCAUUUCCUGAACAAAUGCCUAAUCGUAUUGAAAGUGGUGAUACAAUUGAAUUUAAAACUAAUCAAACAGAUGAAUAUGAUAUAUUUCAAGUUUAUAAAGAUGAAGAUAAUUAUUAUAGAGUAAAUAAUGGUUUUGAAUUAUUAAAUAUAAAAAAUAAUACAACAAAAAAUAAUAGACGUAUUUUACUUUCAUUAAAUCUUCAUCAAUCAAAAAUUGAAUUAUAUUUUUGUAUAAUUCCAUCAUCACAACGUGAAAUUAUUUUAAAAUCACGAAAAUGUUUAAAUGAAAAUUGUGAAAAGAAUUGUCUUAUAAUUCAUAAAAAUGAAAUAAAAUUUUCUUUAAGUGAUAAUAAAGAAAGUCAAAAAUUAAUUUUACAUAAAGGUGAUACUAUUAAACUUGAUUGGAUAUCAAAACGUGGUAAUGGUUAUCGUAUAGAAGAAAAAAAAUUUUGUCCUAUAUCUGGUGGUCUUUAUAAAGUUGAACAAACAUCAGAAAUAAUAACAAAUCGUACUCAAUCAAAAGGAAAUUUUACUAAAACAUUUAAUGAAUUUGGUACAUCAUUUUUAUUUCGUUUAACUGAAACAAAUCAAAUUCAUGAUAUAAUUGUAUGUAUUAUUAAAGAUAAUUAUCAUAUAAAACAUAUUGAAAUAACUGAUAUAAAUAUUCAACCAAAUGUUAUUUCAAUUGAACAAAAUGAUUCAAUUAUAUUUGAAUGGAAUACAAUAGAAAAACAAACUAUUGUACAAAUUGAACCUUUUAUUAUUGAUCAAACAAAUCAACAAUCUAUUGAAUUAAAAACAGAAGGAAAACAUUUCUUUUGGCCAAAUGAACCAUCAUGUCGUGGUUAUAUGAUUCAUAAAUUUCAUGAAACAGGUAUUUUUUGUUUUAAAACAGCAAAUAAUCAAAUAGGAACAAUUAUUGUUGAACCAAAAAUUACUAUUCAUUCAUUUCCAAUAUUUGGUGAUCAAUUAAUUUUAAAAAUGAAAACAACUGAUUUAAUUCAAUUUGAAUGGAAAAUGACAGAUUCACAAGAUGAACCAAUAUUAAUUACUAUUGAUGCUAAUUCAUCUGUUGUACCAGAUACUACUGGUGGUCUUACAGGAAUAUUUGAUUGUUCUAUACAUAAAUGUGUCAAAGUUGAACCAUUUUUUCGUCAUCAUUUUCAUACAUGUGAAGCAUUUAUUUUCAAUAUUCCACAACAUGGUCUUUACAAUUUUUCUUAUUCUGAUAAUCGUGAUGACGUUGUUUUAAGUGUUAUCGUUCAAAAAAAAUCAUCGUGUUACGUCUAA